AUGUCAACGCGCGAGGUUGUUGAAAAAUGCGCUUCUUACGUUACCCCUCAACGGGAACAUGUGAAACGGGUAAAUGUUUCCAGUUCCGUAACAUCUACUCAUACAAGUGAACAUUCACCUAAUAUUCCGGUCCGUACUGACCAAAGUGGCCCGAACAGUCAUGUUACUUCCCGGGAAAAUACAAGUGAGAAAUUUGUUCCAAUUGUACAUGCUGCAGCCACUCCAGGUCAAGACCUUUUGCAAGAUCAACUAAACCAAGCUGGACAGUUGGAAACUGAGGCACAACGUCAGAUAAACAGAAGAGAAGAUGACCUGGAACGAAUCAGGCAAACGAAACUUGCUGAACAGCGGCGUGUUGAUGUACACCGUCGAGAGGCAGAGGAAGCUAGACGUGAAAAGAUUUCGAUUGACAAGUCGGUCGAUGAAGGAAAAAAACGAAUUUCAGAGAAUGCGAAACAGAUGAAAGAUCAUAUUGACUGCAGCGCUCAACAGCGGAAGCAAAACAUCGCGGAUGCAGCAAAAAGGCAAACAGAGGAGCUAGAACGCAAUACCCAAGCAAUGCAAGACGUCGUCGACAGGAAUGCAGAACAGAACAAAGCAGCAUUUGAGCAAGCAGCGGUGCAAAAACAAAAGGAAAAAGAGGCGCUUGAAAGCAGAAGAGAGGAGAUUGGGAAGCAAGCGAAAAACCUGAAAGGAAUGAUUAACGAUGAAGCACAAGCAAGACAGGCCGGUCUGCAACAAUCAGCUAAAAACCGAAUUGAUACCAUCGAAAGAGACGCAAAAGCGAGAAUUAAAGGAGCCGACCAUAUGGUCAAGGAAGUGAAAGACGAUUUGAAACACAAGAAGGGGGAUCUGAAAGAACGUAUUGAAAAUGAAGCAGAAAGAAAGAAGAGGUUAUUGGAAAAAGCAGCGGAACAUAAGAAAGAAGUCUUACAGAAAGACUACGACCAGAAAAGAAGACUCCUUGAGCAACAAGCUGAACAGCAGAAAGCUGAGCUGAAACAAACUCAGCAUGACUUAGAGCGAGCGGCAAAGCAAGCCAAGAACAUCAAGGAAGAUCUUGGAAAAGACGUCAAAGAACGGAAAAAGCAAAUCGACAAAAACGCUAAAAUUGAGAAAGAACUGUUAAAGCAAGACUUGGAGAACAAAAUAAAUACGGCGAAGGAUCAGGCUGCACAUAUUAAAGAAGAUGCUGCCAAUCAAGCUCGCCAGAUGAAAGACCUUUUAAACAGUGAAGCGGAGAAGAAAGUAGAUGACGUUGGAAAAAUUGCUGCGGCCAGGAAAGCUGAUGUUGACUUCCAGGCAAAGGAGCUAAGGAAUAUGUAUCAAGAGCAGGCGCAGAUAAGGAAGGAUGCUGUAGAUGCUACUGGACAGAAACUUGCCAAUAUUGACCUCAACGCGAAGGAAACUAAGAAGCAAAUUUGCAAAGGAGCUGAGAAAGCCAAGGAGAACUUGUCGCAGAGAGCCGAACAACUGCAACUACGGCAAGACGAGAUUUCGUGUCGACAGAAACAACGAAUUGCAGGCCGUGAGGGGGCACUGAAAGAUCAACUGCAACAGAGUGCUGAUGCGAUGAAAUGCAGUUUGGAAACUCAGGCCAGGCAAAAGGAGGAAGCAACUCGUAUUUCUGAAAAAACAAUCAGCGGUAUUGACGAAACAGAACGGCUCGCUCGUGAAAAGUUGUGUCAAGCUAAACAGGCCAAAGAAAGCGCACAAGCCGCCAGGAAUUUGACGGUAGAAACUGGUAAACAACUGGACCAGAGUACCUGGAAGAGGCCUGCCGGUUACGUGGUGACCGAAAAGGUGACUGAAACAACUGAAGUUCAUCCAAGUGUUCAGAGUAGAACAGCUGAGCUACAACCUCAAGUUCAGAAGGUAACAGUCGAGAGUUGCUCAGACGCUGCUGAGUGUGAGAAAAAGGAACCGAAAGGACUACUAGAAACUGCUAAGGAAAAGAUCUCAGAUGCUGUUGGAGCAACCAAGGAGAAAAUUAGUGACGCCUUCCGCGGCAGUGACUAA